CGCACCCCGGCCAUUAAAACAAACGCACACAGCCUAGCGGUACCCUCCAUGUAGCAGUUGACCAAGACGUUCAGAGUUGCUUAACUAACACCUUUCGACACCGGUAAACGAUGAUGUCGUAAACUACGGGUCCAGCCCCUCAACUGACCUUGUAUCCCCGCCAGUAUGUGAACAUAAGAGCCAGAAAGAUGCCAGCAUGUCUUCUCUUAAGCGUAAGAAGUUCUCCAGGGACAUCAGGUGUGUUGUCUUCCCGGAUGAGGUCGGACACAACAGCGCUAACUCCGCGGCGGGGUUAACUGCCCCAUCCACCGGCAGCUCAGCCGCCAGGGCGUGGGAGAGGUGUGGGGAGAGCUUUAUUGACCUUCCUAAAGUCAAGGAUGGCCAUUCGUCUGGAAGGACAUUGUCUGCUGUCAGGAAGUUGGACCCAGCCUCUUUUUCAGUGCAUGACAGCUCUGGUCACCAUGACGACGACCCCGUGGACAUAGCGUGGACCUCCAGUGAAAAUGAGGGGUCGGGGAACGAGAGUCCGAAGCAGUCUCUGGCUAAAGCUGUGCCUCCUAAACGACAAGAGAGGAAGAGAAAAAUACAGAGACCAGCCGGCAGAGCAUCGCACGCGCUCCCUGCUGGUGAAGCGCCUAGCAUCUCCAGUCACCAUGACGACGAGGACCCGUUGGACAUCGCCUGGACGUCGUCUAGUGAGAGUGAGCGGUCGGAUACAGAUCAGGACCGAUCUCUUGCUAGAGCGAUGGCUCCCGGACCACCAGAGAGGCGUAGGAAAACUCUCCGACCCACCGCCGCCGCUGAGUGCUCCGCCAAACCACCCACUGAUGAAGAAGACCUUCCCAUCAUUGAUUCGGACAGUGAUCUGAACGGCUCUCCUGAUCAGUUGAAACGGGACAGUGCGGGUCAUAUAUCUGAGUGUGAGUCUCCACGGCAUGCCGUCGACGGGGGCCUGAAAGCACCUAUAUCACCAGGGCCCUCGGGUGAUCCUGAUGCCUCAGACUGGGCGACCCGGGAGGGCGGUGGUUAUUCAGCCUACCUGAACCGACCGGAGGGUCACGGCCAGGCCAACAAGAGGUCGCUGGGUGACUGGGUCAGGGCGGCGCAGGCCAUGCACAUGCACAUGCACACGCCUCGGAAGCAAGCCGACGCCCAGUCCAAAACUCCGGAAGACUCUGGGAAGAAGAACCGGAAGCUCACCAGCGGGGGGUUUGCAGAGAGGCUGACUCGGCUCCAGGGCAGACAGAGGUCAUCCUUCAGCCUCUGGAGACACCUGUCCAUCGCAGAGGACUCUGCAGCCACAGCGGUCCAGCCUGGCGUGCUGGUGCUGGAGGUCCUGGACGUGCGGGAGGAGUGCAGCAUGCAGCUGGUCCACUGCCAGCAGCGCCGGCCCCCCGGCUGGGAGACCACCACCCCCCCCGCCGCCGCCGCCACUCCGACAGCCGCCCGCCUCCUGGUGCUCUUCGACAGGAAGACCUCGGCGCAGCUGAGGCCCGUGCCCGGGGACAUCAUCCACGUGUACCCUCCAUGGCAAAGACUUGACGUCGAAGACGAGAGCACCACCGUGAUCCUAAACACGCACUUCAGUCAGAAAGUUUAUUCGGACGUGAAAACCACCAACCCACAGGCCCAGCCCAGGCCCUGGCCCCCACUGGCCAGAUGUGUGCCCCACUCUUUGUCAAACACAUUCGGCCUGCAUGGAGCGGACGCCGUCAAAAGGAAGGACGCCACCACCGAGCAGGUUGCGAACGGCGAGGGGGUCGUCGGAGGUCCGGGGGAUAUGGACUGGGCUCCGGGGCACUCCCUCCUGGAGGUCAUCGAGGGCCUGGGGCACCCGGGGUCCGUGGGGCCCGAGGUUCGGGUCGUGGUCCAGCGGGUGUACUCCUGCUACGUGCCCGAGCGGCCGACGGCGUCGGCGGCCAGGCCCAGGGCGCCGCCGCCGCCCGCGGCCCCGCCCCCACGGAGAGGCCGAAGCAGGCUGUGCGCGCUGGUCCAGGACGGCCGAGGUAUCUUCAGCGUGGUUCAGCUCCAGCCCCUGCCCUGGGACCGGGAGCUGCAGCAGUACACCCAGAAGUGGCAGGGACGGGCCUGCACCCUGAGGAACGUCAAGGUGGUGCAGCGGGUUACUCGGGAAAGGUACGGUAGAGCUUUCCAUUUGAUAGACAGUGUCUGGCCUCCAACGAUUCCCUUUCAGGGCAGAGGCACAAGCGCCGCUCCCUGCUUCUACUACCUGCUCUCUGGCCAGGGAGACUCUGUUGAGGCCCUGGAGGGCUCGGCCCUAUCGGCUCUCUACCUCCCCCCCAAAGAAAUGCCCCUUCGGGAUGUCCUGCGGAGUGCCGGAGGCGUGCGUUGUCACAGUUUUACUGCGACCGUGGUGUACGCCAGCAUUCUGGGGGAUGCUGUAGACCAGGCUGAGGUCUGGUUGUCGCUGACGGACCCCAGCCUCCAGGAGGAGGGGGAGGGGCAGGCCGAAGGCGGGGGGCCGUGCGGGCGAACGGUGCCCUUGUGUAUCAGCACUUCCUGUGUGCUCAAUUCCUCCGUCGCCGCGGUGAUACGCUCGCCCACGGCCGCCAUCUUGUCAUUUAGAGACGUCGUAAUGGAGAACGGCGCCCUGCUGUGCACAGAGCAGUCGGUGGUAGAGACCCCCCAGCCAGACCGGGCGAGCAGGUCGGAGCUGACCGGGAGCGAGCCCCCCACCCCCACCAGAGCCACCCUGGGGUGCGGUCUGCCCCGACCAGUGAGGCUGGAUCCCCUGGGUGCGGACACCACGGCCCACUCUCUGUGUACUCUCACGGGAGUAAUCGUCGGCGUGGAGGAGGACACGGCUUGCUCCUGGCCCGCCUGCAGUGCCUGUGGAAGUGACCGCUUACAGGCCACGGGAGUCGGGGAGUCACCGGCUUUCCGCUGCCGGGCAUGUGACUGCGAGGUGCAGCAGCCCAAGCUGAGGCUGCAGCUCGAGGUGACGCUCGCCUCGGCCGUGAGCGAUGGGAUCGUCAAAGUUAAGCUGCACCAGAACACAAUUCAGUCCAUCCUCCCCCCGGCAGCCCUCCAAGCCAGCGAGUUCCCAGGUUACGAGGUGGAACACGUCCUGGGGAAGGCACUGGGCCCCAUCCCCGUUGUCGUCCGCGUCAUCAGCAGGACCCCAACUCUCUGCAUUGCCGUGGAAGAGAUUAGCCUCUGAGGGGGGGGGGGGGGGGGGGCGCGUCAGAGGAACUAGUGAAAUGAAUCCUCUGGCCCUCAGCUGGCUCCAAGGAUCUGCGCUCUAGGCCUUGGUUCAAGUCCCCCCCCCCCCCCCCCCCCCCACACACACACACACACACACAACCCCCCUACCUCGACCCCCUUCGAAGGCCUCCCUGGAAGCCCCCCACAUCGUUCUGGUGCAGCAGUGAAAGAGGGGGCGGUGGUGGUGGAGGUUUGGAGAGACACAAGGUCUUGUUUGUGUGGUAAUGAUAAGUGAGAAUGUGGAGCGGGACUUGACAACCCAAGGGGAGAGCGGCAAGAGAGCCCUGCCCUGUCAGUAGGACCCACGUGGUGUGCAGGGGGGAUUCAGGAACGUGCUGUCAAACCUCCUCCUUCUCUCUCUCUCUCUCUCACUCUCUCUCUCUCGCUCUCGCUCUCUCGCUCUGUCAUAAGUCCCCAGAACGUUUAGCAUCUUCCUCUUUGUAGAGAGGUAGAUGCGUUUUUUUUUGUUUUUUUUUGUUGCAUACUGUGUAAAUAAAGCCGAUUUAAGAAUGG